GUAUUUUUGUAUGUGCAAUAAAUAAAUUAUUAUAGACUAUAACUUUUCUCAUAUCUUAGCUAAUUAGAUUCAUAAACAUAUUUCGCUUUUUUAUGUAAGAUUAUAUAGCGUUUAAUAUAGUGUCAUGCAGUCUUAUUUUUAAUCAAUGUUGAUGUGACUGCCAAUGAUUUUUGGAAAUAUGACUGUGCUAGAUGUUUGUUUUUUUUAAAUAGAUGUUGAUAUAAAUAUAAUCCUGGUCUAUGAUAGAAAAGUACAUAAUACUUAGGUUUAAUAAUAUAUGAAAAUACAAAUAAAAAUAUAUAUACACAAAUAUUGUAACUCAUUAAUUAUAAGCAGAAGAAAAAAAAAUAAAAAAAAGCUUUAUGCAUUUUAAAUUGAUUGUAUAUUAGUGAGUAGGGAGUUCAAGGGGCUUAGCAGUAUAUAAAUUUGUUCAUCGCUAGUGAGCCCCCAUAUACUUAGUAUUUUGCACCGUGAGAUAGACAUAAUGAAGUGAAAAUUAGAUAUUUAAAAGCACAGCACUGCAAUCCAAUGACUGAAUUUUUAAUGUGGCAUGAACAGAUUAUUGUGCUCUCUAAAUAAAGGAUGAAAUUUUUGUGCUAAUUAUAGUAUUACCAACUUAAAUAAAAUAAAGAAAAACCUAAAAUAGCAAGUCAUUGCUUAGCAGCUGUUGGUAAUACAAAAAUGCUUUCGACUACCAUGAUUCAUGAAUAGUACAUUGAUGUAAGUCAUGAUUAGAUGAAUAUAAUAUUCUUUCAGUUGAAUGUUUUUUAUAUUUUUGCACUGAGAGAAAAGUUCCUAUAUUACUUACUAUGAUUACAAAAACAAACAGCAAAAAAGGGAAACUAAAAUAUUUAAAUUUGUUUAGGGUCCAUUAUAUGCCUAGUCAUUAUUUAUGUAUGAAAAUAAUUAUCAUUUCUAUGAUGAAGUGAAUAAAGCAAAAGAAAAAUACAUUCGAUUGGCGGUGGUAGUGUUUGAUGAAACAAAAAAAAUAUCUAACUAGUUAACAUUAUUACUGCUCUUUUUCGACCAUCAUAAUGUGGAAAAUUCUCUCUAUUCAGAGUAAUAUCAAAAUAUAAUAUGAUGCUAGUACAUUUUAUGAAAUUAGUAUAGUAUAAAUAUGGCAGUUGUUUUAUAUGGGCAGCGUUUUAUCUAUAUUGGUUUCGCUCAUACUGAUUGUAUUGUACCAGUUGCCUUGUACUUGUACCCAGUUUUUUCAGUAUUUAUUAUGUUUAGUUUAGUUCUGUCUGACCUGUGGGCGACUGUUGCUUGAUGAAUUUUAUUACCUUAUGUUAACAGUCGCAAUAUUUUACUAAUGUUAUAUAUUGUUAAUGGUUUUGAAAAAAAAAAGAAAUGUAAUAAUUUAGUCAUGUCGUCCAUUUAUGAGGAUAUAGUUUCUAUAGACUUGUGGUAUGGUUAGCGCUGUCUAUAGCAGAGUGAUCGGGAUGCAAAGAUUUUGAUACAAUGUAUAUGUAAAAAAACCUGGAAUUUGUCAAAGAAAUCUUUAGAUGUUUGAAAGGCCAGCACUUGUUUGUACCUUUAUGUAAUAAAUAGUGCAGUUAGCUUUUUACAUCCUUCUUAAGUAGACAACACUAAGAAAGAUGUAAAAAUCUACAUAGUAAUAUUUUUAUCGUGCUCCUUGUCUUAUUCACACCAUACGGGGUUGUUAUUUUGUUAAUUUAAUGUUAGUCAUACGGUUAUUUAAAUAAUUGAAACUACGCUACGUUUAAAAGUAUAGCUCUGAGUGUGUUACACCAUUUUGUUUAAGCUAGUGAACUUUCUGAUAUAGGAACUGAUAUUGGAGGAAAAACAUAUACUUUGGCUUUGUUUUAAUUCAGAUUGUGUUUAAUUUAUCGAACGAGUAAAUAAAAACGUUUCGUAAUAUGAUUUUUGUAAUUAUUUUUGACCGCCCCAUCCCGCGUCGCUUUCAGAACGGCACAGGCAAGAACACACCGCUAGUAAACGUGACGGGUCGCAUCAAAACUAAUUACGAAAAUCAUACGCGUGUUCAGAUCGCGUUGACGAUUAAGCGGUUGCUUCGUGUGUUCUUGCAGAGUCGGAUAAUGAAAGCGCUCCCUCCUCAACACCCACUAAAACGAUCUCGCCCGACGAUGCACAGAAAAUUGCGCGCACCAAAUCUCAGGAGCUGUUAUUACUCGAGAAGAUCCAAGCUGAGGCGGCAGCCUUCUACAGUUAUGAAGCACAGCCGGUUAUAGACCAGUCUAAAGAACGUAAAAUUGUGAGAACAAACUUAUCAUCCAAAUACGAUCGGUUGUCACUAGACGAAAUAUCAGGUAAGACACAGACAGCAGAACGCCGGAAUUCUUUAGAUUUUAAGGUGCUCUCGUUAGAUGAAAUUAGAGCUAGGAAAAAGUGUAACGAUACGAUUCUACACAGCACACCGAUAACAUUGAACUUGAGUAGGAAAAGAAAGCUGUCUACUCAAGAAAUCAAUACCGCCACAGGUAACAAAAUUAUUAAAGUAGUUAGAAACAAUUCAAUAGUUUACAAAAAAGUUGAUCAUAACGCUUCUGUUCAAUGUAAUCAAUCCAAAACAGAACAGAAACGCAAUGAAAAUGAAAGGAGAAAGCGUACUCUUUCUGAACAAAGUGAUAUUUAUGAUAUGCAAGAAGACGAAUUAGUUGAUAACUGUUAUGAAUUUAAAAGAAUUAAAAUCGGCGAGCAAACUUCGAAACCUAGACUGAUUCGAAAUAGGCACGCUAGUAGUUGUACGACGAACAGCGAUGGCAAAGAUAAUGAAGCUGAGUUUAGUAAUAAAACUGACAUUGAAUCUGAUUCAGAAGUACAAUUUGUUGGUAUUGAGAUGUCUGAAAAUCAUAACAUAGAUAAAUUAUCUGAUACAGAAAUAAUCGAUGUAGAAUCUACUAAAAUGGGUGAUCCAGUUGAUAUCGUUGACUUGUGUGAGGAUGUAGAUGAGAAUGACGUAAUUCUAUCAGAUAUUGAUUUAGGUCUAGUUAAGAACGUACCCGAUGUAGUAGCAAGUUGUCAUAAAAAUUUAAGUAAAAACGAUAACAGUGAAAAAGAUUUGCUUAAUGACAUCGAUGCUUUAUUAGAUGAUGAUUUAUGAUUUAUAGAAAAGCUAAGUAAACGCGAAAUCGUACAAAUUUAUAGUACAUUUGCAUCAACUUAUAUAAAACUUUUUUUAAAACAGAUUUUAUCUUGUUGAUUCAAUUUGAUAUAUAAGAAAUCUCUGAAGUACUAGUGUUUUUUAUAGGAUAUAAGAUUAUUGUUUAAUUUAGUCUAGCUUAGUUCUAAAGCUAUCUACAUUUUGUAGAUUAACUAUUGCGUUUGAGUGUUCACUUAGAUUUAGUUCGUCAAUUUAAUUAGUAUGCCUAGUAAAUAUUUUUUAUUAGAAUUCUAAUUCUAAAAUGACAUUGAACAAUCAAACAAUUAAUAUAAGCAAUAUUUGACGAUGAAAUUUUCAAAUUUUUGUAGCAAAUUUACAAAAUAUACUUUACUGUAGGUUUUAAAUUAUAGAAACAAUGUUUGUUGCGUUGAUUAUUUUUUAAGAAUUAGUCUUUACUCUUUAUCAUUGAAUGGCAAUAAUUCUAGGCAUAUUGCUGUAGAAUGUUCAAAGCUUUAAUUAAAAUUAUUUGUUAAUAUGG